UAUCUAGUAUAUAUCUAGUAAAAUAUAGAGUGCUAAAAUUGUGACAUUUAGAUCCAUGUAACACUAAUUAGUAUAGGAGGCACGCAUUCCAAGUCACGUUUCCACAGUUAGUCAUGUCAUGAGUCGGUAAGUCAUCAGGGCGUUACCGAUUUCUUAGCGGCACUUCCCUUGCGCCGUGGCCGCGCUAAACACUUACGAUGCCCCAAACUUUAAUAAGGCUUAAAGGGGUACAAGCAAUUGUAAACCCAAAUUUAAAUCAUGGGUAUGGCACUUGGGCGCUUAGUAGGCGCAGCUGUAAGAAAUCACAAAGAGAAGAAAAGAUUAAAGGAACAAUUAGAGGGGAAAGGUACUGGCGGUGUAGUUGUAGGGAAGCCACUUAAGCUUAAAAAGAAAACAACGGUAUCUGGUGAUGGACCUGUCAAGAUCCAGAUCCAGAUCUAUACGCAUAAUAUUAGAUUAGAUGCUCAUGAACUACAAGUGGGAGAAGAGCCUUGGAAGGUGAGAAAACCGGGAGUUGUCACCAGCAUUGUAGAACAUUCGAAGGGUGUAGAUACCCUUGUGGGACUUCAAGAAGUGUUACACCGACAAUUGAUAGAUAUACAAAACCAAUUGGGGGAAGAAUGGAAGUAUAUUGGAGUAGGACGUGAUGAUGGGGAAACUGAAGGUGAAUAUGCUCCUAUAUUUUACCAGCCUAGUCAAUGGGAAGUACAAUCCAGUAAGACAUACUGGCUUAGCGAUACCCCAGACAAACCCAGUAAGGGAUGGGAUGCGGCUCAUAACAGAAUCGUAGUAGUGGGCCACUUUAAGCAUAAAGCUCUGGGUAAGGAGGUCAUUUUAUUCAAUACCCAUUUUGAUCAUGAGGGACAACAGGCACGAAUCAAUUCGGCUCAACAAAUUGUAGAACUCAUCACUACCAAACAAGUAGCGACUAUUGUAGCUGGAGAUUUCAAUAGCGAGCCCCAUGAUGAAGCUUACACUGUAUUAGCAAACACUUUGGUAGACUCAUACUUGGGCAGUCCCAUCAAGGAAGGUCCUGAGUUUACCAAUACUACGUUUGACCCAACCGUCAAAGAAACUCGUAUAGAUUACAUAUGGUCAAAGAAGGAUAUUGAUAUAAUUAAAAGUGAGGUGUUAACGAACAAGUCCGAGACAGGCUUGUUCUCCGACCAUCGACCAGUAGUAAGUACAUUCCGGUUAUAGUUACUAGUUACUAUUUACUGAUUAUUUAGUUUAUUUUAUUUCUUUAUUGCUUUAUUAGAUACUACUUUACAUUAUACAAUUUAUAUUAUGCUAUCUAGUAAUCAUCAAGUUCUUUGAUAUCAGCAUCACUUAAUACAAAUGGCUCAGGUACAGGAGCAUCUGUAGUAUUCAAUUGUCUGACAGUCUUUAUCAAUUCAAGAGAUUCUUCAGGUUUAGUAUCUUGUAAUACAAUUAUACCACUAGAACCUCUGAAUUUCCUUACUGGUACAAAUC